AUGCUCUCGGAGUUUUACUCCACAUCACAUUCCUGCCCAUCAUUCUGUUCCCUCCUCCCUAUCCCAUCCUUUUCAACAGAAUUCUACUCCAAGCAACACCUGACCCUCCAACACUCCUAUAAAACCCGAUUCAGAAUCACCCUAGAGUUCCUCACCCCCAAGAACAGCUACUUCAUUUGUCACUUCUCUUUAAAGCAAAGUAAGGCACAGAAGAACAUGAAUUUCUCACCUUGUUUGCUCCUCCUCCUGCUGCCAGUCUCCUUCUUGAAUGCAGUCUCCGGCGAAGACCGAGCUCCCCAUGGAUUUGCCCACCAGAACCCAAUGGCCUUCUCGCCAUCAGCAUAUGAUUUCUUCCACCCCAACACGCAGCAGUUACCUACAAAGAGUCCAUGUGAGGACUCGAGCUUGAACUGCUCCCCACUGCCCAUGGCAGCCCAAGUGGAAGCUGCGGAGGGACAAGAAGCCAGACUCUCGGAAUCUCGUUCUGGUGGAACUAGGAUUGGACCUGGAGGUAUUGCAGGCAUUGUGAUUGGCCUAGCAUUUGCUGUGUUUUUGGCAUUGGGGGUUUAUUAUGUCACAGUUACCCGUCGGAACAACAUGAUACGGGCCAAUUCUGUUCAACCCGAUGCCAAAUGCUCACAAUCAGUAUAGGCACAAAAAAAGAAUAGGGCUUUGCUUCCCUCUUCUAUCCACCUCUUUCUCGUUCCUUCCGGUGCUACCUACUUAGAAUCCUCCCGCUUCAGAAACUCUCCUCCUAGCUUUCAUUGUAGUGCUGUGUAAUAUUCUAGUUUAUAUUAGAAGAUAUUAGAGUAACCAACCACUGUUUUGAUGAAUUUUAUGACUUAUAUUUGCUGUA